AUGUCGUUCUCCUCACUCGUCUCCGACUUGACCUACCGCGACAACGGCGACGACCGCCGCUCGCAGGUUUCGCGCGCCCGCUCUUACGCCAGCACAGCUGCCACCAGCGUCAGCAUCUCCGGCGACAUCAAGAGUCAGCUCCAUGGCGGCUACUGCCACCCUCUUGCGCGCUCAUGGCAGGCCGAGCGCCAGCUGACCAAGUCCAUGCUCAUCUACCCGCUCUUCGUCUCCGACCAACCCGACGAGGAAGUUCUGAUCCCCUCGCUCCCCAACCAGUACCGCCGUGGCAUUAACCGCCUCGUACCUUUCCUCACCCCUCUCGUUCGCAAGGGACUGCAGUCUGUCAUCCUCUUUGGUGUUCCAAUGGCGCCCGGCGCCAAAGACGCUCUCGGAACUGCCGCCGACGACCCCGACGGACCCGUUAUCCAGUCCAUUCGCCUGCUCCGGAAGGCCUUCCCGAACCUCUUCAUCACCGCCGAUGUCUGCCUCUGCGAAUACACUUCACACGGACACUGCGGUAUUCUGCGCGAUGACGGCAGUCUGAACAAUGCGCUCUCCGUGGACCGAAUUAGCGACGUUGCCAUGGCCUAUGCGGACGCUGGCGCACACUGUGUCGCACCCUCAGACAUGAACGAUGGCCGUAUCCGUGCUAUCAAGCUCAAGCUCAUCGAGGCUGGCAUCGCGCAUCAGGUCGUCCUGAUGUCCUAUUCCGCCAAGUUCUCCGGUUGCUUGUACGGUCCGUUCCGCGAUGCCGCUGGCUCAGUCCCCUCCUUCGGCGACAGGCGAUGCUACCAGCUUCCUCCUGGCGGCCGUGGCCUCGCCAGACGUGCCAUCGUCCGUGAUAUCAACGAGGGUGCUGACAUCAUCAUGGUCAAGCCGGCUUCGCAGUAUCUGGACAUCAUCUCCGAUGCCAAGGAGAUCGGCAAGGACCUUCCUGUCGCCGCGUACCAGGUCUCUGGCGAGUACGCAAUGAUCCAUGCCGGUGCAAAGGCGGGCGUUUUCGACCUCAAGACCAUGGCCUUCGAGGCUACCCAAGGUAUUCUUCGCGCCGGCGCAACCAUCGUUGUCAGCUACUUCACUCCAGAGUUCCUGGACUGGCUUAGCAACUAA